GUUUUCUCAGUUAUUUCAUAUUUUUUCUUUCUGUUCCUGUUAUCUUCUCGGUUUUGUUUCCUUGUUGGUUUCCCUCUAAUUGUGUCACUUUACACACUAACUCUUGUGCGCGCGUGCGACUGUUUGUGUACAGAGAGGACUUCUCGUGACGUCAUAACCGUCUCCGCCCACGUUCGCGUGCCUGCCCCGCGUUUAAAUCAGACUGGAGACAGCGCGCGCCGCUCACCUGUGGACGAGCGCGCGGCCGUCAUGGCGGAGAAGGGUCGCGUGAAAAUCCGGAACCGGCUCAGGAAGCUGCUGACCCCCGCCAAAGCCAGGACGGUGACCGGGCGGCACGCAGCGGCCGGCGGCGGUACCGCGCCAGGUAGCAAGGUGGAGCUGGAGAAGGUUCUAGGCAUCACAGCCGUGGGGAAUAACGCGCUCACCUGCAACUCUCAAAAUGGACUGCUGGCCUAUCCUGCAGGGUGUGUCGUGGUUCUGCUGAAUCCUCGCAAGAACAAACAGAGUCACAUCUUCAACAGCUCCAGGAAGACCAUCACCACGCUGGCGUUUUCUCCUGAUGGGAAAUAUUUGGUGACAGGAGAGAGCGGUCACAUGCCGGCGGUUCGGGUCUGGGACGUGUCGGACCGUCUUCAGGUGUCGGAGCUGCAGGAGCACAAAUUCGGAGUCGCCUGCGUGGCGUUUUCUCCAAAUGGGAAAUACAUCGUCAGCGUGGGCUUUGAGCACGACAUGAUGGUGAUCGUGUGGAACUGGAAGAAAAACGUGGUGGUGGCGACCAAUAAGGUGUCCAACAAAGUGACGGCCGUCUCCUUCUCCGACGACAGCUCCUACUUUGUCACCGCCGGCAACCGUCACGUGAAGUUCUGGUACCUGGACCACGACAAGACCUCCAAGGGUCAGUCCACCGCCGCCCUCCAGGGACGUCCAGCUCGCCUCAAGAGCCUGAUGAACAACCUCUUCUGCGAUGUGGCGUGUGGGCGGGGCCGACACGCCUCCUCCACCUUCUGUGUCACCUCGUCCGGUCAGCUGUGUGUGUUCAAUGAGAGAACCCUGGGCAAGUGGGUGGAGCUGCAGACGUCCCGGGCCACCUGUCUGUCCGUCACAGAGGACUUCAUCUUCUGUGGAUGCUCCGAUGGAACCGUUCGGGUCUUCAGCCCCGUCAGCCUGAGCUUCCUCUACCCUUUGCCCCGCCCCCACUCUCUAAGAACGGAUAUCGACAAGAUGUGUGAUCCCAGUCAGCUGUUCUCCUGCACAGCAGAGUGUCGGUACCCGGACACCGUAGCCGUGACCUGUGACCCCGCCAAUCACUGUCUGUCAUGUGUCUACGACGACCACAGCGUUUACGUUUGGGACAUCCGAGACAUCAGCAGGCCAGGGAAGCUGUACUCGGCCCUCUAUCACUCGUCCAGUGUGUGGAGCCUGGAGGUCUACACAGACGGAGCAGCAGAAGGUGAGAAGCUCCUCCCCCCUGGAUCCUUCCUGUCCUGCUCUGCAGACAACACAAUCCGGCUGUGGAACGUUGACGGGCACGCCGCCCUCCACAGGAACAUCCUGAGCCACGACCUGAAGAAAAUCAUUUACGUGGACGACGACAACAUCAGCAGCCUAUCGGACGCCGACAGCAUCACCAGCCCUCUGAAGGCGGGGCCAUCGGAGGGCCAACAGACGGACCCGAUCAGGACCGGCAUCCGGGCUCUAAGAGUCAGUCCGGACGGACAGCACCUGGCGUCUGGGGACUUUGAGGGAAUUCUCAGGAUCCAUGAUCUGACAAAUAUGGAGGAGAUAUUAUCCUUUGAAGCUCAUGAAUCGGAGAUCCUCUGCCUGGAGUACUUCAAACCUGAGAAAGGUCUGCAGCUGUUAGCCACAGCCAGUCGGGACCGACGGAUCCACAUCCUGGAUGCGAGCCGAGACUACAGUCUGGUCCAGACUCUGCAGGAUCACUCGUCCUCCAUCAAUGCCGUCAGAUUUGCUGCCAAUGAGGGGAAGUUGUGGUUGAUCAGCUGUGGAGCUGAUAAGAACAUCUGCUUCUACACGGCUCAGAAGACGAAGGAGGAUCCGCUGUUCACGCUGACACACUCUGUUGUCAGUAAGAUUUCUCUAAGUGACAUGGAGGUCGACCUGAACAGGAAGUGCGCCGCCGUGGGAUGUAAGGACCGCAACAUCCGGAUUUUUGACAUCAGGGACGGCAAAGAGAAGAAGUCUUAUAAAGGCUCUCGAGGAGACGAUGGGAGCAUCGUUAAGGUGCACAUCGACCCGUCAGGACUCUACAUCGCCACCUCCUGCUCAGACAAGAACAUCAGCAUCUUCGACUUCUUCUCUGGAGAAUGUGUGGCCACCAUGUUUGGACACUCGGAGAUCAUCACCGGGCUGAAGUUCAGCAGCGACUGCAAAUACCUGAUCACCGUUUCAGGAGACAGCUGCAUCUUCGUGUGGCGUUUGAGUCCCGAGCUGACCAUCAGGAUGAGGCAGAGACUCGCUGACCUGAAACCUCGCAGCAGCGUUCCUCACCGCCAGAAUGCACCUCAGCAGAGAGCCGCCAAACUCAGCAACACUAACGAGGAGGAGGAGGAAGAGGCGGGGCAGGCCUGCCCUUAUAUGGAAACAGCAGGAUGUGCGAAGGAGACAGAGACGUCUGCGCAGACUCUGAACAGAGACGGUAGAGAGGAAACCUCGGGGGGUCGACUCCCCCAGUGGCCAAGAGCGGCGGACGACUCCUUCAUGGUGACGUCGAUGAUCGACCUCAGACUCGUAGAGGAGGAGGUAAAGACUCCACCUUCCUUUAACUCCUCCCAGAGGAGAAGGAGAACUGUCGGUAUGGAACCUCAACUUCAGAGGAACAGAGAGGAGAUGGCGAGCACAUUGAGUCUGAAGGUCUCCUCUGGAUGGGUGGAUAAGAAUCUCUUUCUGUCCAGUCAGAGCCUGGAUGGGGAGGAGCCUGUGCUCUUUCCUGACCAAUGGGAGGACAGAGUGAGGGUAGAGCGCAGUUUGUUUCAGCAAAAGGGGGCGUCGCCUGCUGCAGGUGGGCCAAAGGGAAAACCCAGACGACCUGCAGGUGAUGAACCUCUCAAUGAGGAGCAGAUCUCCUUCGAGCUGGAAGAGGAGGAAGACGAGGAGGAGGAAGGACGACGACGACGAUGCUCGGACGCUCGGGAUGUUCGUCAGACUGCAGAUCACACUCGAGCAGACCCACCCGUCUCAGGUAAGCGGCUCCAUGGUCGAUCUCGCCCCUGACCGCUGACGGAUGUCUGGAGCAGGACUUCCUCUAUCAAGCCUCAGAUUUCCUCCCUGGGUCAGCAGGAUCAGACUCUGAGAUGCUCUGUAGUGCCUUUACCUGAGCUCCAGGUGAGCUGCAGGUCAGAUCCUGCAGCAGACUGAAUAAAAACAAGCUGCUCUUUA